UUACAAUGAAACUCUAAAUCUCCCGCCAAAUUGGGCACUGCAUUUCCCUCCAAAAUUUCCAGCGGCGGCGAUAUAUAAUCGACGAACUCAGUUCUUCGUCUUCCCAUUUUGGAUCUAUCUUCGACUUCAUCACUGCCGGUCAUCGGCGAUCAUUAUUCCGAUCAAGUUUUGUCCACUCGUCGAUGUGUGAUCUUCGAAUUAGGGCAAAGAUCCAUCAAUUUGUGGAAACUCAAACAACGAUACCACAGCUGCGUUCCGGUUUCUUCCGAUGAGUGCCGUCAACAUCACGAACGUCACCGUUUUGGAUAACCCUGCCGCGUUUCUGAAUCCAUUUCAGUUCGAAAUCUCUUACGAGUGCUUGACUCCGCUUAAAGACGAUCUGGAAUGGAAACUCACCUAUGUCGGAUCUGCCGAGGAUGAAACCUAUGACCAACUUUUGGAGAGCGUGCUUGUUGGACCCGUUAAUGUUGGCAAUUAUCGUUUUGUCCUUCAGGCAGACCCUCCAGAUCCAUCAAAAAUCCGGGAGGAAGACAUCACAGGGGUGACAGUACUGUUAUUAACAUGUUCUUACAUGGGGCAAGAAUUUAUAAGAGUAGGAUAUUAUGUGAACAACGAUUAUGAUGAUGAACAACUUCGUGAAGAGCCUCCCCCAAAAGUUCAGAUCGAUAGGAUCCAAAGAAACAUUCUGGCUGACAAGCCCAGAGUCACAAAGUUCCCAAUCAAUUUUCAUCCGGAGAACUCUGAAGAUGGUGGAGAUCAAGGAGAACAACAGUCUUCUCCACCCCACCAUUCAGCUGAAACCAUCAACAACGAAGAAGAAGGAAACUUGCAGUUGCCACCAUCACCAUCAGCAGCAGAAGAUCCAUCUCUGGACGCCAUUGAUUCUGAACCUCAGCCCUCACCCUCGGUCACGGCAUGAAUUAAGGUUCGAGGUGAGCAUGAUCCAUAUUUACCUACUUUUCUUUAUGGUUUGUAAGCUAAAGCAGUGUGGUAGAAAAUACAUAGUUUCUGUUGAUGAGAUAGACCAGUUUGAGAAUGUGCAUUAUGAUUUAAAGAAUUUAGGAAAGAUGAUUGCAUCUUUCUGUUAUUUAAUUGAAAUUUUUGAUAAUUUCAAAUCAA